CCAAGAUUUGCCGCUUUCCUGAAUCAUACAAGCAGUGCUGUUGGAUUCCUCCAUAUUCAACGCUUGCAUGAACUCGAAGCAGUCAACGCACGUUCUACAUUCACAGCAGAACAGUCAAGAUCUUCAUUGCUGAACGUUGUUACAUGCAAUGAUAGACAACUGCACAGCCUUGAGGUAACAUUGUGAGAUGCCCUCCAUGAUCUUGCAAUGGUUUAUAACAAGACUUGAAUCCUCACAAUAUCGUCUCCAUUCACAUUCUCACUGAUAUUCAAACACGACUAUUCCUACAUCCACCACAAAUACUUCUCUCCAUUUACAACUUCUAUUACUACCAAACGAUCCAACUUCACCAUGGUUCAAAUCACCUACCUUUUGACCGCUGCUCUCGCCAGCGUCUCGCUCGCAGCACCUCUUGAGAACCGCCAAUCCACCGAUGAUGCUGCAAGCAACCUCGCUUGUGGUGCCCUCCUCCAGCCUCUCGCCGGUUUCCUCGACUACCAAUCUGGAAACGUCGGUGGCAAUGUUCAAAACAUCCUAGCUGCUGCCAACAACAUUCUUUCCCAAGCACAGCUCCCCGACGACGUCUCAACCAUCAUCUCAAGUGUCACCGGUGGCAUUGUUGGAUCCCUCACCAACGGUGUCAGCAAUGUUCUUUACGGACUCUCUACAGGUGCCGACAACGUCGACCCCGAGUGCCGCCAAAACGCUGCUUACUGCACAAACGAGGUUUCCGCUGCUACUGCCGCUUGCUCUGCUGGCCAGCUCACUCAGGCUCAAGAUGCUUGCCUGCAGGCCAAGUACACAUGUGCUCGCAACAACAUCCUCACAUCCGACCAGGUGAACGGCAUUGCACCUUGCUGCGCUCAGUUCACUGGCUCAGCUGCUACUCAAUAAGAGGUCGCAUGAUGUAUGCUUUGACUUUCCCAUCGCUUUGUACGAUUCUUAUGGGCUGGUUCCAUCAUUGCCGAAUUCGGUCUCCUUCAAGCCGCAUUGCCCGGCAACCCAUUGUAUGACUAAACAUUUUUUACGAAUUCAAAACUUUCCACAAC